ACAUUAUGCGCGCUCUUGUGGCGGCUCUACGCCCGCUCGAGGACAUUGUCUCGGACUUGUCCGGUGACAACUACGUCACCGCGAGCGCGGUCCUUCCCGUGCUUCACCUGUUAGAGGCAGGUUUUGAAGGUGACGACGAGGCACUACCCUAUGCUGAUGACCUUGAUGAUGACCUCGAAUUUGAUAUAAAUGACUUCAAGCCCUCGGCAUUGCGCGAAUUUGUUGUCAAAAAACUCAAGAAGCGCUUCUGUCCGGAUCCACUCGACGAAGAGGAACUUGCACUUCUCAAUCCCCAAAUGCAGGCUACAGCACGCAUUGACUUCAAAUCUGCGCAGCAGUGCCAUGACCUCCUGGUCCAGUGCAGUUUUCUCGAUCCUAGAUACAAGGGGGAAAUUCUCGCCGAGGAGAGAGAGAAAGCAAAAAGACUCCUUACGGAGCAGUUUGUUGCAUCUAUCGGCGAAGGCCCCACCACUGACAACAGGAAUGGCGACUCCAGUGCCCAGGGCGAGCAGGAGUCCACCACCAACCCGCGCAAGAGGUCAGCACUCCAGUCCCUCUUCGCUAAGAAGAAAAGAGCCCCACAGGAGGGAGUCGACGGAGCUGCUACCGCAGUCGAUCUGACGCCAGAAGCGAAGUUUGCGGAAGAGCUUGCCCGAUAUGACAACUUGCCUACCGUCAGCAUGGAGGUUGAUAUUCGUCUCUGGUGGAAGGAGAGAUUUGAUUCAUAUCCAAUGCUGCAAAAGCAGGCAAGGCGCUACCUCUCGAUCUGUGCCUCGAGCACACCAUCGGAGCGACUGUUCAGCGAUGGUGGGAAUGUGGUAACUGACAGCCGCUGCUGCUUGUCUGACUCCAACGCAUCAAACUUGAUUUUUCUUUCUUCGAAUAGGAAAUUUAUUAAGAGGCCCGUCUAACGUCUAGUACGUCUAGUCCCUCUCUGGCUAAUUUGUUCUUAGUUUUCUUGCUACUUUAAAGGUUUACCAACACUAAACAGU